AUGGCUAGAAAUAAAGCGUAUGUAGUAUUUAGGGGUAGAGCUCUUGGGGUUUAUCUUUCAAGAGAAGAUUGUGAAGCACAAAUGAUUGGUUUCCUUGGAGCUUUAUAUCGGGGUUUCAAAAAUCAUUUCGAAGCUAAGGAAUCUUAUGUGAGAUUCUUUUAUAGUGAUCAUCCAUACGGAUUUGUAGCUCAUAUGUCGACACUUCAACAACAAGUUCAUGGAACUCUAGAAACUUAUGAAAAUGUCAUUAUAAGUACGAAGGCAAAUACAAUAUGCACGAAAGUAUCCGGAAAAUUAGAAUGUAAGAUUAUCAUUUUCUAUUUUUUUCGAGAUAAUAUCGAGUGA